CUUUGGGCCAUUGGGACACCAACUUAUGAUGUUUCAAGAAAUGAAAUGUUUAUCAUGAAAGCUGCCAUCAUUUGGACCAUUAGCGACUUCCCUGCUUAUGGUGUGCUUUCAGGAUGGAGCACACACGGUCUUAUGGGAUGUCCGAUAUGUAUGGAGAAAUCAGAUGCCAAUUGGCUCAAAUUUAGCGGGAAACCAAGUUACUUUGAUUGUCACCGCAAGUUUCUGCCUAUGAACCAUCGAUAUCGAAAGGACUUACAGGUGAACAAGUUUUUAACCGGGUUCGACGUUUUCCUAUGGCUGUGCAG